AUAUACGUGUGACUUAUCAUGUGAUAUUGUCAUUAUAAUGAUAUAUAUUAAUGCUAUCAAACGUAUCAAACGUGUAUUAACGUAUUUCGUAUUUAACAUCUUUGAGCAAUGAUGUCUCAACAAACUUUGGAACACCCGGAAGCUUUGGUUUUGAAUAAUAUGACUGUUUAUCCAAAUCCAACAAAUCCCGAUCUGAACAAUACGCGCCUUUGGCUUCGCAAUGCACUUGCAAAUGUUCCGUAUUUGCAUCAAGAUCGAGUAUUUCGGGACGUUGAUGCUACACUGGCAGUUUUUAAAGCAUUGAUCCCAAAAACUGAUAUCUACGCCCACGACGAUGGCACGGUUGAAGUUUUAUUAUGUCUUUACGGAACCAUUCCAAUCACGUUUAGAUCGACACCAUAUAAUAUUCCCGUAGCCUUUUGGAUUCCAACGGACUAUCCUAUGGUUCCACCGAUUGCAUUUGUGGUUCCAACAUCUAAUAUGUUAGUGAAAAAAUCUCAACAUGUUGAUGUUAGCGGUCGCUGUUCUCACCCUUACCUAGAACAUUGGAAUCCGCCACCACAUAAUGAGGAAUCCAAUCUUGUUUCACUUUGUUCGCUUUUGCAAAAUAUAUUUGGACAAAACCCACCUGUAUAUACUAGACCUACAUCACAACCAUCACUACCUGCACCUCCACCACCACCUCCAUUGUUACAGCAACCUGUAAACGGAAUACAACAACAUUCACCUGUUCUUCGGGCAUAUUCUCCAACACCGCCUCCUUUACCACCUCCACCGCCAUAUCAACCUUCUUCAAACAUGAAUGUAAAUAGACCGAGAAGUCAUAGUUCCACUAUUCCUCCCGUUCUACCAAUUUCACGUUACGCAACAACGUCACCGUUACCAACUAGAAGUUCUUCUUUACAUCCACAAAUUUCCAAUGAAUCUCAACUUUCCGUACCAAGUAUACUUGAUACUCCACCACUUCCUAUCAUUACUCCAUCACCAGCUCCUUUACCAACAACUCAAAAUCCAGAAUUGGUAAAAUUACAAUCAAUGGUUUACGAUAAAGUAAAACAUAAAUGUGAGGAAUAUGUCCAAAAAACGUCACCGGAGUUGAAUAGGAAUAUGUCAAUUGGUGAACAUUUGAAUCAAGAUCAAGAACGUAUUAUUGAGGAAAGGAAACAAUUGAUUGAAAAAGAUGCUAGAAUAAAAGAGAAAACAGAAAUUUUAAGGGGAAAAAUUGCAGAAAUUGAUAAAUUAAUAGAACAAGCUAAGAAUAUGCCCGAUGUGUCAGUUGAUGAUAUUCUAUGUGGAACCACUAUAGUUUAUAAUCAAUUAUUUGAUUUAAUAGCGGAAGACAAUGCAAUAGAAGAUGCAACUUAUUAUUUAGGGAAAGCAUUAAGCAGUGAGAAAAUAGAUUUGAAUUCAUAUAUGAAGAACAUUCGAACUCUUGCACGUGAACAAUUUAUGCGUAGAGCGUUGAUUCAAAAGGUUCGCAGACAAGCUGGAUUGGAUAAAAUUAAUAAGCCAUGAUUUACGAUAGAAGACUUGGAUGAUAAUUAUUUGAAUUUUAUAAAUAACAUUUUAUUAGGUUGUAAUCUAAUAUAAAUAUAUAUGUAUUAAUUUCAUUACAAAAAAUCAUAACAUUAAAUUUAAGUUAUUAAAUUA